AUUGAAACGUGUAAGUAAACAUUAAUCAAUAAGAGAAAAAAGUGGGGGUUAGAUUGCUUUUUGAACAAAACUUUAGGCGAGUUACAUUAUUAUUGUAUAAUAAUAUUCUUAAAGAGUUGGGGAUUGAAUCAGGCUCUCAGCCAUUGAAGAUCCCUUUGACCAAACAAAAGAAAAGAGAGAGUAGGGAUAUCUGUUGAUCGUGUCUGUUUAUUUUUCAUCGUCGUGGAGUUGACAAUAUAAAAAGGUAUAUUGAUCUUCAGCCUACAAGUUUGUUUGUUUUUUUAAAUCUGAAUAAAGUUUGAUGGGAGGAGGUAAUUCUAAAGAAGAACCAUCAUCAUCAUCAGCAUCAUCAUGGGCUUCUCAUCAAAGUUAUCCUCAAUCUGGACCAGGCAGUUACAACUAUCCUCCUCCACCCUCUUAUUCUCCUGCUCCUCCAGCUCCAUCUCCUAGUUUUGGUGGUGGUCAUCAUCUUCAGCCGCCACCUUAUAGUCAAGAGCAGGGCUAUGCAUAUCCUUAUCCUCCUCCUCCUUCACAGCCUACACAGCCUUCACAGCCUUCACAGCCUCAUGCUAGUACUGAUAGGAAGAAGUUUGAUCGGAGGUAUUCCAGAAUAUCCGAUAACUACGGCUCUUUAGAACAGGUGUCAGAGGCUCUAGGGCGUGCAGGUCUUGAAUCUUCUAAUCUAAUAGUCGGUAUUGAUUUCACCAAAAGCAAUGAGUGGACAGGUGCCAAGUCCUUUAAUAGGAAAAGCUUGCAUCAUAUAAGCAAUACUCCCAAUCCUUACGAACAAGCUAUCACUAUCAUUGGUAGAACCUUAGCCGCCUUUGACGAGGAUAACUUAAUUCCUUGCUUUGGUUUUGGAGAUGCAUCAACUCAUGAUCAAGACGUGUUUAGUUUCUACCCAGAGGGUAGAUUCUGUAAUGGGUUUGAGCAAGUUUUGUCUCGCUACAGAGAAAUUGUACCUCAGCUUAAGCUCGCAGGACCGACAUCUUUUGCCCCCAUCAUUGAAAUGGCUAUGACAGUUGUUGAGCAGAGUAGUGGCCAGUAUCAUGUGUUGGUGAUUAUAGCCGAUGGACAGGUAACAAGAAGUGUUGAUACGGAACAUGGCCAGUUGAGUCCGCAAGAACAGAAGACUGUUGAUGCAAUUGUGAAAGCAAGUACACUUCCUUUGUCAAUAGUGUUAGUCGGGGUCGGGGAUGGACCAUGGGACAUGAUGCAGGAGUUUGAUGAUAACAUACCUGCCCGAGCUUUUGAUAACUUCCAAUUUGUGAACUUCACGGAGAUAAUGUCAAAGAACAAAGAGCAGUCUCGAAAGGAGACGGAGUUCGCACUCUCUGCUCUCAUGGAGAUUCCUCCACAGUACAAAGCGACCAUAGAGCUUGGCCUUUUAGGGAGAAGAAAUGGUAGUAUCCCAGAGAGAAUCCCACUUCCACCUCCGGUGCAGAGUGGAGCAUCAUUCUUUAAGCCGUCACCAUCACCAAGUUAUGAACCGAGUGUACCUACUUAUCCGAUGGAGAGCAAGAAUAUGACCAGUGGUGUGGACGAAAACCAGCUAUGCCCGAUAUGUCUGAGCAAUCCCAAAAACAUGGCGUUUGGUUGCGGCCAUCAGACAUGUUGUGAAUGCGGACCAGAUCUUAAGGUGUGUCCUAUUUGUCGUGCACCUAUCCAGACCAGGAUUAAGCUCUACUAAGUCACCACUUCUCUCCCAAAGAGAUUUCAGAUCUUUCUGUAAAAAAAACAACAACAAAAAAAUGUUCUUUUGUUCUUUGAUUGAAUUCAGAAAUUUAGCUGCUCGUUCUCUCUUUAGUUACUUUGCUUGGAUUGCAAGUUUGAUUUUCUGUUGAUUGAUCUGUCAAGAAUAUUCUAUUCAAAAGAUGCUUUGCUUUUUAUAUAUC